UUCAACCCCCUUCCUCCAGAGACUCCCAUAUACGCACAGUCCCUUCCCCCAAUACGCACUUUUGAAUCUUGGUUACAUUCAUAAACAUCCCCGUUUCCCUCGGUUUUCCAGUAUUCUUUGGACCUGCCUGCAUUCAAGAUGUCAACAACCCAAACUGCGUCUGUCGAUACAGUUCCUCCCAGGUCACGACGCCUAUUUAGGCUUUACGACCCUGAAGUGGUUGCGGUAAUUGCAAUAUUACUUGGUUUGUUUCAAGUGCUUUUUGCUGUACCAACUUACAACAUCAGCCUUGAUACAACAUUUUUGUUCAUGUGCCCUCUUUCUGUUGGUUGUGUGUCUGUGAUUGCUGGAUCAUUAUGUAUGGCAUCUGAAAGAACCCCUAGCAGACAACUGUUGAAAAAAAGUAUGUUAGCCGGUCUUGCAAGCCUGGGGUUGGCACUGAUUGCUGUUUUUCUGUAUGGUUAUGCUGUGAUCAAACCUCAAGUCAUUCCUCCUUGCCUAGAACCAGAACAUGACUUCCCCUAUGGAAAUAAUACUUGUCCAAGCAAAUAUUUUUUGCCUUUGAAGAACGCCAUCUCUGGGCUGCUAAUAUUUUAUGAUGUUGUUGCUUUGGUUGUUCAUUGCCUCUUAUCAUAUUCUGCAUUUGGAGGACUGAAGAGACUCUGAGAUAACAUUUCAUACACCAAGGAUUUCAUAAAACAUGUGUCCUCAUUUUAUGUUAACAGACAUGUAUAAUCUUUUUUAUAUUUUGAAUAGUAUUUUUGUCAUUAAAAACUCUUAUAUUUCUCUUGUAGCUUA